AUGAAUCACCCUAUUAUCACUCGCUCGGACUCGCUGCUGUCGACAGCGCCCUCGGUGCAUUUUCCGCGAGUCCGUGAAGAAGGUAGCUCCCGGCUCCACGACCUCCCAAACGAGCUGUGGUUGCAAAUUUUCGAGUGGGCGACGUUCGACCCGGGCUUCCCCAAUUCGCUCGAAACAGCAUUCUCUGAUCUCCAUUAUCAUCUGAACCUUGAAUGGCAUCAUAUCGACAUGUCGCUCGAGACCAAAUCCAGCCUUGUUUGCGUCUGCAGGCGGUGGUACGCUCUCGCUACACCGCUCCUGUACCAAGCAGUCGUUGUCAUGAAUGAGAACGUGCACUCCCUAUUUCGUACUUUGAAGCAGGCGACAGAAAUCCCAAAUGGUAUCAUGCUAGGCUCUUUGGUGCGCCGUCUAGACGUUUGUCUCGAGCGAGAAUUUGACCUGCCAGAGCUUGGCGAGAUUUUCGGAUACAUCUCGCACCUUCGCAUCCUCAUUUCCGCGUCGAUAUACGAGAACGACGCCAAGGGUGCCUUUGAAAUCGCAGCUUCGAGAUGCAGUCCGACGUUGCAGGAGCUAGUCGCCGAUGUGUCCAGUCCUUUAUUCAGCGGCUUUCUCGAACGGCUGCCAAACCUGCGUACCCUGCACCACUCGGAUUUUUGCCCGUACGUCCUACCGCCUCUCCCGAACUUGCGCUCCAUGGCUUCGGAUAACUGCCAUAGUGUUUGCUCCGCCCACUUUAGCGAAGAUGCGACAAUGCCCGAGCUGGAGGCCACGACCAACAUCUCCAAGCCAGUGUUCAAAGCCCUGGCAGAGAAUUGUCCUCACCUCACUCACCUUGGGUUUCAUUUCCCCCCGACUGAGAAAUGGAACGACGAACCUGACGAACCUGACGAACCCAUUCAGAAUGAAGUCCAGGAAUUUGGCUAUCACGAGGACACCUCCGAUGCAUCUGAUGAUGGCCAGCCCGGGAUCGCUACAGACUCGCCUCCUCCCAUAGACUCGCCUCCUCCCGCUGUUCCAAAGUACAAGGCUGGAGACGGCGCAAAUGCCCCCUCGCUGCAGGUCGUGCAACUCCUAGAUCGGGACAUGGUGUACGGCGUGCGCAGGAAAUAUUCGCGGGACUUGGCGCGUGCGCUGGAGACGCUCCCCGGUGUGCGGGUAGAGGAUCACGAGGGGAUCGACUUGAGACACCUACUGCCCCGCCUCGCGGCGAUGUAA